GGUUGAGCAAACGUAAAAACAGUUUCCCAUCAGCAGUCGAGUGCCGAGGCAGCGGAGAGAAAUGUUGUUACAAUCGAUAUUAAUGAAAAUAUUGGCCAUUUUUUUGGUCUGCUGGCUGGGACGCGUCACCGCCCAGUCAUCUGCCGAUUAUAUGGAGCUCGAAAUCGGUUCCAGAGGUGAAGGUCCGCCGGAAAAGACCGAAUUUCCCUGGGGAAAUGAUGACCAGGAUCUUGAUGCAACAAUUUGAGUUUCUUAAGAUUUUGUAAAAUAAACAAACAUUUGUAAUGCUUUAUUAAAUCUAUUAUAAAAAGAA